UCAAUAUGUACGCAGUUGAAUCAGCCAGUACGAUUUAUAGCAAAGAUUAGGAAUUUAAAUAGUUGGUUUUCUCGCCAUUCAUAUUGUACCAUGGGAAAACAAAGAGUAUUCGUCGCUGGGGUUGGAAUGACAAAAUUUGAGAAACCUGCUUCAGGUGAUAAGGAUUAUCCUGAUUUUGCCAAAGAAGCAGCUACGAAAGCCCUGAAGGAUGCUGCAAUUCCAUACACAGAUGUUGAACAAGUUGUGUGUGGUUACGUCUAUGGUGACUCUACUUGUGGACAAAGAGCUGUGUAUGAAUUGGGAAUGACUGGAGUGCCAGUGUAUAAUGUGAACAAUGCCUGUGCCACUGGUUCUUCUGCAUUGUUUCUUGCAAAACAACUUGUUGAAGGAGGUGUUGCUAAUUGUGUAUUAGCGCUGGGAUUUGAAAAAAUGGAGAAGGGUUCUCUUCAGGGGAAAUACUCUGACCGAGCAAUUCCAGUCGAGAAGCACAUUGGUGUGAUGGCAGAGGCUCAUGGUAUAGCAGCAGCACCUGUUACACCUCAAAUGUUCGGCAAUGCUGGAAGAGAACAUAUGGAAAAAUAUGGAACAAGACCAGAACACUUUGCAAAGAUUGCAUAUAAGAAUCAUAAACAUUCCGUAAACAAUCCGUUAUCACAGUUUCAAAAAGAGUACACGUUAAAAGAAAUCAUGAAUUCUCGUAUGGUGUACGAGCCGUUAACAAAACUACAGUGUUGCCCGACAAGUGAUGGAGCCGCCGCAGCAGUGAUAUGCAAUGAAGAGUUCGUCAAACAAAAUCCUUCCAUCCGUUCACGAUGUGUAGAAAUACUUGGCAUGGAAAUGGCGACAGAUCUAUCAAGCACGUUUGAUGAAAAAAGCUGCAUUAAAAUGGUUGGAUAUGAUAUGACAAAAACAGCUGCUAAAAAAUUAUACGAUAAAACAGGCAUACAACCAACAGAAGCCCAAGUUGUUGAACUUCACGACUGUUUUUCUACCAACGAACUGAUAACGUAUGAAGCACUAGGACUGUGCCCAGAAGGAAAAGGCGGCGAGUUUGUCGACAGUGGCAAUAAUACAUAUGGAGGAAAACACGUUGUAAACCCAAGUGGCGGCUUGAUUUCAAAAGGACAUCCUCUGGGCGCUACAGGUCUCGCGCAAUGUACUGAAUUAUGCUCUCAGUUACGAGGUGAAUGUGGAAAGCGUCAGGUUCCAGGUGCCGUCAUUGCUCUACAACAUAACCUUGGCUUGGGUGGAGCUGUUGUGGUAGCGUUCUAUAGAAUGGCCUUUCCUAGGUAUCACGGCAAUGCUGAAACAGGCAUUAAAGAAAGUGAUUUCAAGUCUGCCGUUGUGUUCAAAUUUAUGUCAGAAAGACUUCAGAAGGAAGGGGCUGAAAUUGUUAAGAAAAUUAAAGCUGUCUUUUCAUUCGAAAUAACUGAUGGUCCCAAUGGAAAGACAGGGAAGUGGACAGCGGAUCUUAAGAAUGGAAAUGGUUCCCUAAAGUAUGGCGAUAUAACAGACAAAGCUGAUUGUACCAUCACAAUGAAAGAUGAAGACUUUUAUAAAUUUGGCACUGGUUCGUUGAAUCCUCAAACUGCAUAUUUCCGUGGGCAAUUAAAAGUCUCUGGAAAUCCAAUACUAGGUCUUAAGCUUGAAGAGCUUCUACCGCGGGUUUCUUCUUCAAAACUCUGAUUAAUUGUUUAAUUCAGCGACACGAAAUGUAUUGGCUUUAGCGAUAACACUUUUUCGUUCUCUCUCUGCUUUAAUUCACGUCAUUGUAAUUCUUUAAAUUCAAGAUAGUUAUACCAGUAUAUGAGCUUGCAAUGAGCGUCAUGAACGUUAAUCAUUUUUGAUACGAUACACGCGAGUUGUUUAUGAUGAUGACAUGAUCAUGUAGAAAUUGGUUUAUAGAAAAUGGCAUAUUAUAACUGCCGAAUUAACUGACGAAAGCGAGUGGAUGCAUGUAGUGUAAAUUGAAAUAAUAAUUGAAUAAUUCAAAUGAAUAACAAUGAAUAUGGACCAAAUAUUCAUCUGAUGAAUGAUUCGUUUAAAAAGCGUUCUCCGAACAGUCGAAAACCAAACUAAAACGGAACCUACAGAGUUCUGAUUUUUUAAACAGUUAAUAUACGGUGCUGUGCAUGCUAUCAAUUUGUAUACCUGCAAUCGUAAUUCCUAUAAUAUGAAAAUGUCAUUUUGGUGACAAUCAGCAUUAUAUAACAUGUUUUAC